UUCCCCUUCCUACCCCACAUCAUGACAAAAGCAUCGCAAAAUUUAUGAAAUUGUACAAGGGGCUUGAGGAUUUCAUAUCUCUGACUUGUCGAGUGGUGGCGCGAAAACUACGUGUUCCAAAGAAUCGGUUCACAUUUACGCACCAAUCUUCGAAUUUGAAAUCGACAUUUGUUUGAUUGCAUCUCGAUCCCGGAGAGUGGAGCAUUGGCACGCCACGACUCCAACUGGACACUUCUCUGGGCUGCACCAGAAAACCCCCGUACAGCUCCCUCACCAGGUCUCCACGGGAUCCGUGUUUUGCAUCGCUCCUCAAUUUGCAUUUCUUCCUCAGAUUUUCCGUGCGACGGGUUCAGCCGCUCGAAACCAGCGGGCGCUUCACGGCUCUAUUGUGCGUGCGCCUCCAUUUCCAAAGCAAUACGCGCAGAGAAAAAAACCUCUGGAAUUCUUGAAUGAUGUUGCCGAAGCUCAACGAGCGGGGAAACUGAGGACAUUUUGAUUUACUGUUAUUUCUGUUGCGUACCUACGAAGACAGACACGUGUCUUCGGGGUAAACAGAAAGGGCUAGGUCGUGCCAGCUGAUCGCACAUUUUUUUCCCCUUUUGUUUAUUGCAGACGACCGGGUUCAAGCUUGGCGACGAGCUAUACAUUUCAGUUUGUGCGCCUUGGUGAUAAAGACGCAUUUGGAGAUGUCGGAAGUGCUGCCUUUCAACGAAGAAAAAAUGAGUCAUUAUGGAAAUGAGGGCGACGAGGGACACCUUUCCUUCACCUGUCGUCUUCAAGACACCAACAACUUCUUCAGUGGCUCACAGAAUAAACGUCCUCCGAAACUCGGACAAAUAGGCAGGAGCAAACGGGUUGUGAUCGAGGAUGAGAAUGGCGACGACGAACAGAAAAAUGGAACAGAGAAGACCCCGGCAGAGGCUUAGAGCGCUCGGCUCACCACCCCCCAAAAGACACUCUUGAAAUUUUUUAUGGCGAUAUUUACCAGUUUUAAUCCAAAGACACUGUAUAUAAGCACUUUCUCUCAUGUGGCAGCAAGCAGCACUUCCACACCCUCCUCUCCCAGUCAGUCAUGACCGUUCGGAUGACACACACUGACAGGGGUGGGAGAUGGCAGCAAAGGAGACCCCCAGGUGGACCCCCCAACACACACGCACGCACGCACGCACGCACACACACACACACACACACACACACACUCAUGCACGCAUGCACCCAGAGCCACACGCACAGACAUACACGCCCUCGAUUACAGGGUUUCGCCAUAAAUCCAAACAUGGGAGAAGACAACAAGGGGGGGCGACGAAGGCGACGCUGUCGAAAUGCAGAAAUCAGGGACAGGAUACAGAAGUAAAUCUAAUAUAAAAACUAAAGCACACAAUUCUCCUAUAUCUUAUCAAUCUUAUCAACCAUUCUUUCUGCUCUUCAUUUUGAUCGAGGGCAAAUGAAUAACAGAGUUUGUAAAUAUGAAAAGGGUAGCUCAUAUUUUCUUGCACAAAGUGGGAAGUGGUGAACUGCUUUGUUCUGUGUUAAAGACUUUAUUAUUGGUCCUUUGGAAUAUGUCUUUUGCAGUGACUUAAGACCAGAGGGAGUGUUUUUCUGUUAUUGUUUUUGUAUGUUGAGAAAACUUUGAGCAAGUGAGAGUGAUAUUUUUGUUCACUUAACAAUUCUCGAUGUUGCCUGAGUGUUUUUUGUUACCAUACUUUGCAGCUAAGGAGUCAUUUAUAUACAGUGUACCUCCCACCUGUUUUUAAGCUUCCCAGGCUUUCACCUGGAUUGGUUGAUACUGUAACUUGACUGUACACACCCUAUUGAUAAAACUAUUUAUAUUGCAUUGUGCAUUAUUGUGUGUGCCAAAUCUCAUGAGGGAUAUACUGUACCGGACUACUUGUUCUUUUUUGUGCUUUAUACAUUUACUCAUUCAGUUCAGUCGUUUUAUUGGGUUGCCAUUUUUUAGGGCUCUUUCUUAAAACACUGAAAUACCAACUCAUGCAUGGCAAAUAUGAAAUCAUGCAUGCAUGGCAGAAAUUCUGAAACUCUUGUGUAUUCUUGAAGCACCUCGUAUACAGCUUUGAAUGACAAACCUCGAGAAACAGUCUUAAUUCUGCGUUGUACUGUACGAUUCACACUGAUUUGUACAGUGGCCUAAUAUCUUGUAAUAAAGAUUAUGACAAAGUA